AUUAGUAAUAAGCAAGCACAAUGGGUAGACUUACCGCAGAGCAGUUAAAAUUUUACAAAGAUAAUGGUUAUAUAGUAUUAAAGAAGUUGAUAAAGGGCAAGGAGUUAGAGCGAUUGUCGGAGGAGUAUGACAAUCUGUUCCGAAGGAAAAAUGAAGCGAAAACGGAAAGUUCUUGGGUGGGAAGCGACGAGAGUCACCGAGAGAGCGACAGUCCAUACACAGUGAAGGGUAUCCACAAUCUGCAGUAUCAUCACGCCGUGUUUGGUCGGUACCUAUACAAUGAUGAUCUGCUUGAUGCCGUGGAGGAUAUAAUUGGAACCCCCAAUAUUGCUUUACAUCACACAAAGGCACAUUAUAAACCACCAGAGAAAGGAGCUUCAUAUCCGAUGCACCAGGAUUAUCCGUAUUUCCCGUACGAGAAAGACUCGAUGACAGCCGUGGUAUUGUUCCUGGAUGAUGCUGAUGUGGAGAAUGGCACAUUGUUCGUAUGGCCCGGCUCGCACAAGCUUGGACCGCUGGAAGACUUUGGACCCAAAGAAGGAAGCAACUUCCACUAUGUAGACCAGAAAAAAUUCCCGAUAGAGCGCGCUACUCCGGUGCUACUGGAGGCUGGGGAUGUGGUGGUGUUCUCGUACCUGACGCUGCACGGCAGCUCACCCAACGUGUCGCGGCGGCCUCGUCGCAUGUUCCUAGCGCAGUUGUAUGACGCGCAUGACAGGCCGGCUGGCGGGGAGCGGGGACAACCUGGCCGUGGAUGGCUUCUGCGUGGCGUCAACGAAGACAGAGAUGCCACCGUAGCCAACCGAGCACUCGACUGAUACACUGACCUUCCUUCAAAUAUGUACUAGUUUAAGCUUGAAAUAAUAAUAAAUCAAACACAAAUCCA